AUUCCCUGACUGUGACGUCAAACAUACCAACCAAACACUUUCAGGUUGCUCUCUGUGGUGUUAAAGCUACGUAAAUAUAGUCUAAUCUAUAUAUAUAGACGCUAUGGCAACCCAUCCCUCAGCACCUCCUCCCACAUAUGACCAGGUGACAGGCACAGCUCCUGACCAUCAACAAAGUGGUUAUUCAUAUGGUGGUAACUAUGGAAAAGAAGGAAUGCAACCUCCUGCAUCUAGCUAUCCAAAUCAACCUGGCUAUCCUCCUCAAGGUCAACCAGCACCAAAUACAUCAUACUACCCGCCACAAUCUUACCCAGCAUCAGGCUCAUUAAACCUGCAUGGCGGAAGUACCAAUACCUCCCAUGUCGACACACAUUCUGAGGUUUCCUGUCCAAUGGGAAACAUGUCAUCAUUUUCUGACAAGAAUAUUAGACGUAACUUCAUCAAAAAGGUAUACCUGAUCCUGAUGGUCCAGCUCCUCAUCACCUUUGCUUGUGCUGCUGUGUUUUCCUUAGUAGAUGACAUCAAGAUUUGGGUCCAAGGAGAUGGUCGUGUGUGCUACUAUGUGUCAUAUGCCACCUUCAUAGUGACCUACUUCGUCCUGAUUUGUGUUCCUUCCGUGAGAAGGAAGACCCCUGGGAACUAUAUAUGCCUGGCUGUGUUUACAUUGGUAUUCUCCUACAUGGUGGGCACAAUCAGCAGCUUUUAUGACACCUACAGUGUGUUAAUAGCAGCAGGAAUCACAGCUCUUGUCUGCCUCUCUGUAUCCCUGUUUGCCAUUCAGACUAAGAUUGACUUCACAAUGUGCUCUGGCUUGCUUUUUGUACUUGUCAUGGUCCUUUUCUUCUUUGGCUGGUCUGUCAUGAUUGUGUACUUCACCAUUGGAUUUAGCUAUAUCCUCCAUUGUGUCUAUGCAGGUGUGGCUGCUCUUGUUUUCACCUUGUUUCUGGUUUAUGACACACAAAUGAUUGUCGGAGGCCGCAAGCAUGAACUGAGUCCGGAGGAGUACAUCUACGGUGCCCUACAGCUCUACAUCGACGUUGUUUACAUUUUCCUUAUCAUACUUUCUUUAUUUGGAAAAUCUAACUAGACUUGUGAUGUGUCUUUGUAUAACAGUGUACUAUCAGACAAUCCCCCACCUGUAUAAGCUACAGAUUUCUAAAGUCAAUGGAACGUCAUUCUAUUAUUAUGUACAAUGUGGUCUAGAUUGAUGAAAAAUGUAGACGUUGUACAUGUAUGUUAAUGAAAUAUAGGGGAUUCCAGGUUUUCUUUACUUUAAGUUUUGAAAAGUCAUUAAUUCAUUAAAAUAAUGAUGGUGACAACAAUUCAAUUUCUAUGUAAAAAGUUGAGAUUAUAAAUAAAAUUUAAAUUUAGCAGCAUCAAGAUCACUUUAUAAUAUAAAAUUGGUUUUCAGGAUCCCCACCACUUUCCUAUUGUAUACUGUAAACACUUCUUGAAAAGUUCAUUUCCUGUUCAAAUUAUUUUUUCCUUUUUGUUCCUCUUUUGGGGGGUGAAUAUAUAUUUCUUUGGUACAUACUCCUUGCUGUAGAAAAUGGGAAAGCAGGUUCAAGUAAAAAAAAAAAAAAACUAAAUGGAAGUCUUGGUGGGUAUACACUACAGAUUGCUAAGGCGUUCUACCUUAAAAUGUGUCCACUUUACACCACUUUCCAGAAGCCAAAGCUUGGUGAACACAUACUUUAUACCCGUAUAUUUUUACUGCAGUUUAUUUUUUUUGCAUUUUUCACUCUCCCGAAUGAGGGCAAGUGACAGUGAAUUUUAGCAAAUAACAUACAAUAUAUAGUAUAAUUACACGUGGAAUGCUAAAAUUACACUGAGUCAACAUUGGCAAAGAGUGAAUAUUUGACAGGGCGGAAGAUUCCCAGUAUACGGUAUGUUUUUAGUUUGCCGAUCUAACCCCAAUCUUUUCACACAUAUAUAGUUUGUUAUAAUAAUCCUGUGUUUCAUUGCCAAUAAUACACUUACCUUAUGUGUAGUUUUAUUAACAUCAAAAAUAUACCACACUUCUGAAGAGAGAUAUUGCCAUUACUGAUAUCACAACUGUAGUUUUGUUGAUAUCAAUAAUGUCAUGAUUAUUUUAAUGUAAAUGUUUUGGCACCAAAUAUGUCAAAUCUGGUUUUUAAUAACACCAAAAGUGACACAUAUUUUCAGCAAGAUAGUGUCAUUAGUGAUGUUGCAGCUGUGACAACUUGUGACAAGUGGGAUUUCAUUCACAUCGGUGAAUAUUGUCAAGUUUGGUUUCAUUAACAGAAAUGGUGCCACAUGAUAACGAGUAAAGUGUAAUUUGAUUGCAUUACCAACGUCAUCACAAGUCUAAUAUUAAUUUACAUUUAAAAUUUAGCUCUGUGUGUUAUUUCAUCAACACCAAUGUGUAUUGAGUAAAAGAUUAUUUCAUUAACACCAGUGAUGGCCACAUUAUGAUGUGUUGUCUCAUCAACACCCCUGGUGUGGAUUAUGUUAAGUGUGAUUUCAUCGACACAAACAAUGUCCAUUGUACGAUACUGGAUUAAUUAACACCAGUGAUGGCCACACUAUGAUGUGUUGUCUCAUCAACACCACUGGUGUGGAUUAUGUUAAGUGUGGUUUUAAUGACACAAACAAUGUCCAUUGUACGAUAUUAGAUUAAUUAACACCAGUGAUUUUGUUAUUGCACUGAUACAUUAAUGUCCACAGUGUUAUAUCUACUUCCAUUGACACCAGAGAUUUGAUAGAUAUCUGUUCAUGUGAACAAGAAUGAUAUCUCAACAUGUUGAAAUAUGCUAAAAGGUUCAUUAACAAAUCUUAACUGUCAUGUUUUGUAUAUCGAUUGCAUGGUCAUGCUGCCAGGGUGCAGAUAACAGAACAUGAUUGCAGAUAAAAACAGUUAAAUUUAUUAUAAAUGUUUACCUCUUUAUUGAAAUAUAGCUGUUUAGAUAUAUAUAUUUCCCUCAUAAAUGCUGUUAGUUUCAUCAUUCAUAAGGCCUGAUUUACUGUUUGGUCGUAAUGUCUUUAUUUAUAAGAGCAGGGGUGAAACAAAUUAUUGAUGACCGUGUAUUGUAUGUUUUUGUUUUAAGUUGUGUAACCUACUUUGUAGGACUAAAUGUAAAUGAUCACUGUUCACUCAUUGGUUACCUAGUCUACUUGUUUCUAAUCGAUGAAGGAGCAUUUUGUACCUAUUGUAAUUGUAAUGGUACUUAUAUUUUCAUUUCAUUUUUUGUCUUUAUUUUUAUAAAAUUGUCUCAUUCUGAUAUUUGUGGUAUAUUUUGUCAUUUGUCAUUUAUAAUCAAAUGGCUUUAAUGAAGUUACAGUUCUGUCAUUUUUCUGUAAUUUUAAUGGACCAUAAGAGUUAAAAAUAGAUAUUAAAGAAUAUUGUUAUAUUAUUCUUGGUCACAAAUAAAACAAAAUUGGUUUAAUUAUUUUAUAUAGCUUAUUUGUUUAUUCCUGUAAUGCAUGUUACUCACUGCAUCUUGUGACAUUUUUCGUACUAUAUAUCGAGGGUUGAUUGGAGUAAGGACAUGUUUCCAUUUUUUGUAACAUUACGCUCUAACACUCAUCUCUUCUAUUGAUAUGUAGAUAUCAUUGUUAGCUUUUUAUAAUAACAUCUGUGAUAAACUGUUUUCAUUUACAUCAUUGUUAAACACAUAUUAUUAUUAUAUUAGAGUUGCUUUAAAUAUAAAUCUACAAUUAGGCAUUAUUGCUUGAUUACUAGUAUAAGAGUAUAUCUUUUCAUUUAUGAUGGAAAAUCCUCUAUUAACUACAAACUAUUACAGGUAGUUGUGUUGACUUUGGUUUGUAUCAUACCAAGUGAAAACAUGAUUAAUAUAGUUAAAAUAAAUAUAAAUCUUAAUGUUUUUCAACAAAGACGGUAUCAUACACAAUAUGCAAUGUACAGAGCAUUGCUAUUUCAUAUUAGACAUACAUGUAUUAAAAUCUCAAAAAAUAUUUGAUAUACAAAGAAGAACUUCUAGAAAGAAAGUAAUUGAUUUCCUAUAGUGAAAUAUAGAUCUUCUUGAAAGAAAGUAAUUGAUUUCCUAUAGUGAAAUAUAGAUCUUCUUGAAAGAAAGUAAUUGAUUUCCUAUAGUGAAAUAUAGAUCUUCUUGAAAGAAAGUAAUUGAUUUCCUAUAGUGAAAUAUAGAUCUUGAAUAUUCUUGGACUUACAAAUAGAUACUGAACGAUAUCUGGUACCACCAGAUGCAUACAUUUGUGUAUUUUGUUUAAAGUGUUUGGAAAUAGCAGACCUUAACAUUGUUGUUUUACGUGGUAUGUAUAUAAGUCACAUAUGUACAAUACAUGUUAUGUACAUGUGUAUAAUUAUUUAAGGUGUUUGAUGAUUAAACCCAUUCAAAUUUCUUUAAGAUCAUUUUAACUAUUUCGUUUUUUAAUGAAUAGCAAAUUGAUGUUAACGAAGAACAACACCAUGGAGAGUGUUACCUUUUCCUAGGUAAUUUGUAAAUGUGUUCUGAUGUUUGUCAAUGGAUAGACUUUGUAGGUAGACAUUCAAACUGAUCUUGUUGGUACUAUAUUGGUUUCAUAAAAGUGAAUAGUUUUAAUAUAACAAGAAUUCUUUUUAGAACUUGCAAUUGUUUUUCUAAGUGUAAAGGAAAGUCUACCGGGGUAUAGUGCACCUGCUUCUAAAUGUUUAAAUUCUGAAUAUAUAACAUUAACAAUGACCCUCCUUUUUCUUACUCCGAAAAAGCACUAGUUUAUUAUGUACAACAUUUUCUCUACUGUUAGAUUUAAUAUAAAACUUAGAAAUUGUAAUUCAUAUGAAACAGCAUAUCGUGGUCUAGCUUCUGUACAAAAAAAUAUAUACAUUUUGUAUUCAAGUUUGUUGCAUCCAACAUUUAGUCUACUGUAGAGAAAAUAUAUACAUUUGGUACUAGUCCUCUUGUUUGUGUUAUCCAACAUUUGAUCAUCUGUACAUAAAGACGUAAUAUGCUAAAGCAUUAGUUUGGAGACAUUUUUCAUAAAGAAUGUGUGUAAAACUUAAGUCAGAAAAACAAACAGUGUAUUGUAUAAAUCUAUACAAUCCUCUUGCCUUCACUAAUUGCCUUAAACGGCGUUUGUGUAUAGAAUUGUUUAUUAUGAAAGAUAUAUUUUUAACAUGCUUUGUUUUGAAAAGUUCAGCUGUCGUUUUAAGUUUAGCUCAGUUGGCGAACAUUUCUUACCUAAAAGUCUUUUAAAGUUGAUGGUGAUCAUCUCUCAUUUUCGCUUGCUCAUUAAAUUUGGCUCAUUGAAUCCAAAAAAAGGACAUAUUUCAAGUUUUUUCCGAGGUACUUCUAAAACGACGACUGUUUAAUAUUAGACAAAGUACUUAGCUAAUUUAGGUUGCAAACGUUGAUCAAUUUAGGUUGCAAACGUUGAUCAAUAUUAGAGAAAAAUAACCUACAAGACAGGUUUCUAAUUUCAUGUUUUAAAAGUUCUAAAAUUGCUUACCUCAUGCAGAUAUGGCCUGGAGAUAGUUCAGUUAAUUUUUACAACCGAAUCGCUAUAAAUCACUAUAUGUUUUGAUUAUAACAGCGAUUUACAGUUGUAUCCUGUUAGUACAGUGUAUAUAAAUGUUGAUCAAAAUCGCCCCUCACCUCAUGAAUCUGUUUACUUUCAAAUUGUUAUAGAAGAACUGUUUUGAUGAGGGUUUAAAUUCAUGUACAGUAUUGUUUAUUACUAUUAUGUCUUAUUAUGACAUUUGUUGUUUAUGAUUUUAUAUAUUUAACCAUAUUUACACUCUAUAAAGAACUGCACACAAACAAUGUAUGUUGUACAUGGAAAUGAAUACAUUUUAAAUAGAAUAAGUAAAAUAAACUUAUUUUUUAAAUUGUCCGACCAAUACUCAAAUGUAUAAUUUGUCUUUGUAUCUUGAUAAGGCAUUAUCAAAUUGAAUCUGAUGACGAAAAGGCAAAAUGUUAAAGACUGGCACUUUUUAGCAUUCAUGUGGCACAACGUUAAACUGUGAUUUCAUAAUCGGGAACAAUUUAAUUUGGUAGCUUACCUUUUUUUGAUUGAAAUUGUCAUCAAUAUGAAAAGUUUUUUCUGACGUUUUACUCGAUAUGGAGUUGUAUACGCCCAUCAAAUGUUUUGACAAGACGCAUUACGAUAUGAGGAGCGUCCGUCUAUCAAUGAUUUAGUUUCCGCCAGGUUUCCGCUUCAAUCUCGUGAAACUGUAAUGAAACUUUGUAUGAAUGUACUUACAUUAUACGAAGAUCAAGGAUACGUUCGAACAAGAGCCAAGUUCGUGCAUUAAUAAUCGACAUACUGUGCUCUGAUUGCUUAAUUUCCAAACUUUAGUUUCUGCAAGAUAACUUGCUCAAGUAUCACUUAUUUUUGAUUUUGAUUGAAAUUUGGUUUAAACAAAGGUUGAGGCUAAGUUCGAAGUUGAGCAAACUUUGAGCGUAAUUAAUUAGCAUAUUGUUUUCUGAUAAGCGGACAAUUUCUGCCCAAUAAUUUUGUCAGAUAUGAACGGAUUCUGAUGAAACUUGGUCAAGAUUUAUAUUAUUCAAUGACAAAGGCUAAGUUUUAAAAUAACCAAAACCUGCAUUAUUCAUUGUCAUGCUGCUAUCUGAUUUGUUGACGAUUUCCGCACAACAACUUAGUUAAAUUCGACAGGAUUCUGAUGAGACUUGGUCAAUAUUUACCACUGUUUAAAAGCAAUAUCUGCAAGUAAUUAAUGAACAACAAAAAAAAACUAAGGCUUCUUCUCCUUACAUUUCCAUACUUUCAUACAGUUACAUGUAGAAACAAUAAUACACCAGGGGAAUUUAAGUAUAUCAGAUUGGUAUGGGACGGGCGUAUAUAUUGUUGCGCCCUGCGGUUCUCUUGUUCAACAGUGUUUGCUAUAUGUCACACAUAUUUUCAAAUACGACAAUUGGUGGAAUGUCCGUUUAAUCAAAGUAAUACCGUUUGUAAAGUGAAAUUUCUGAUAAUAACGGAUUAACAUCGUGCCAACGGUUAUACAGGUAUUGAUAACAAGUAUGUGUGGAAAAUAUGUUAUUAAUAUUUCCGGUGUCUGAUUAAUGGGCAAAAUGAUGAUAAAGAUGAUGGGGAAGGUCACCUUACUGUUGUACGGCAUCCGAAUAGUAUUCGUACCUGUACCAUUAUGUCUUGUGUUGUGGAUUUUUUCCCGCUACAGUAUGUGGCCAGUUUCACUUACAACAGCCUCUGCUCUUUUACUCUUGCGAGGCGGAGAUGCUUUGACGGCAAGUUUAUGUGGCACUUUGGUGAUGGUAAUAAAAUACAUUUACAGAUGUAAUCAAUUCGGUGUGAUCGAGUGUUGAUAUGCUUUACUAUAUGACCAAAGAGACUGGUUUUGUACACGUUCACGUGUAUAUUAUGGUUAGUGAUGUACAUAAUUAAUCGACGUGGUCUUUGACAUUACUUUUUCGAAGUUUUAACUUCCAAAUAUCGAUGAUCUUAAGUAACGUGCUUCCAAAAAAACUUAAGGAAUCCCCCCUCGUGAUAGCCAGAUAUCAAAUUUGAUGUCACCCUAUUACCUAUGUGCAAUUACCGUGUAAUCUUACGGUCUUCCUUUGAAGGUUUGCUAAGAAGGGAUAUACCAAAGCACGUCCUACAAUUUGAUCUCGAUUCUGUGACUAGACAUUUCAUCUUAUAUUCUAAACAUUGUUGUAUUUUUCCAUUUAUUGUCAUUUCAGAAGAUAUAUAUUUGUACACGAGCCUUCACAAGAGAAUGGUUUUAAUAAAAUCUUAAUAUUGUGAAAUUU